AUGAUGUAUCCUGUGGCAGGUUGGACGCUUGUCCUCUUGUGUUCUGCCGCGGUGCUGUGUGCAGAGCGGAAGGACGGAAUCCUAUUGAAGGAUUCCACCGCAUACAAGCAGGAUUCCACAAUAGACGCGCCUGUAUAUGCUCACCAACCAACAUUUAGCAUGUAUGGACAUCGCAAAAAUUCCAGUAAGUCGCAAAUGCUUCGAUCGAGCGCCCAGCUCCACGGUGCCGCUUACCAUGGAUCAAGCACAGCCGCGAUUUCGCUAAACGAGGAAAAAGAGCCGAAACCACAUGUGAAAGGCAAUGAAACUGUGACACCAUCGGAGAGUCAAGCGGACCCAGGCGACGACAAGCCUCCGAAGAAAGACGAGCCGCAGCGGAACUCACGCUGGUGUCAGAGCAACACGGUAUUUCUAAGUGCUUCCGAGCUAACCACUUUCAACCUGUUUGCUCUAUCUCUGUUAUCAGUAUUGAUGGUGUGGCAUAUAAUACUCGCCGUACGGUCACGUGAUAUGAACGGCGGUUAUGAAGUCCUAGGGGAGGCUUCUCCAUCGACAGUGGUGGACCCUGAGGAAUAUAAAGGUUCACUAAACCAAGAGGGGUACUCCCAUACCGCGCCAGGAAAGUACCUCAUCAAGUGCAUGUUGAUGUAUACAGCAAUUUGCCAGGUGGCGGUGCUGGCACUCACGUGCAACGAAAUGUGCAUCCCACUUGUAGACGGCAUAGCACACUGGGAGAUGCGCGCUAAACCGUUUGUGGUCUCCUGGUUUGUGGGUUUCUUCACGCUCUUCAUUUAUUUCGUCGUCCGCAAUACCUCUAUCGGCAAGCGCAUGUUUAUGGUCCCCGCGCCGCUACGCUCAUGCGAAUAUGUGCUCAUCAUAGACAAUGCGAAUACAAGCAACCCCAGCGAGCAGGAUGUACUAAGGUCUGUGGUGGACUGGUGCUGCAGCGUGGCGGCUUUCAUGAAGCUUAACCUCAACAUACCGGACAGCGUGCUCAAGGUCACACUCGACAAGUACAAGGAUGCAGCGGCGCACGUCUAUGUGAAGGUCAUCGAGGCAGAAAACGAGCGGUACUUCCAUUACCAGUGCGUGAAAUACACGUACAACUCGGAGCUCGGUAUAUUCGUGGACGCCUCAGCGCAAGUAUCCGCCUAUCUGAGAAACACCAACCUCACCGACCUGUUGGACAAGGGAGGGCUAACCGAGGCUGAAUCGUUUAGGCGCACGCUGACUAUCGGGCAAAACAUCAUCCCAGUGGAGUCGCUAUCAUUCUCGAUGCUGCUCUACCGCGAAAUAUCUGAUCCGGUGUUUUUCUUGCAAUUGUACCUCACCAUCAAAAGCAUCUACUGGAAAAGCAUCAUCACCGCUCCCAUCUGGGGUUUUAUGGUGCUGUACACUAUUGUGAAGAAGGUGAAGAUCAUCAACGAUCAACAGAACGACCUCCACCGUCUCGCCACCGCCGCAUCUAAUACAACAGUCACCGUUCUUCGGGAAAACAUGACAAAAACCGUGCACGCUUCAGACCUUGCUGUAGGUGACAUUGUGAGGGUACAGUCUAACUGGGAGGUGCCGAGCGAUAUGGUGAUGCUUAGGGGAGACGUUAUCGUAGAUGAGAGCUCCAUCACCGGCGAGUCGAUACCAUUACGCAAGUGCAGGCUUAGUGUUGACCAGUACGGGUAUUCGCUGUCCACGUUUGAUUUCAACCUUUCAAUUGACGGCUCCGGAAAAAGGCAAUUGGCUCAGAAGGGCGUCACUGAACACCUCCUGAAAGCUGGUACGCGGAUAAUUGCAGUUGUCGGCAACGAAGAAAUAGCUGCCUCCGCUGUGGCUGUAGUUAUAGCCACAGGGGUGUACACAACCAAGGGAAAGCAGAUGAAGGGUGUUUUGUUCCCAAACCAGUUCAGGUUGAAGUACGACACGCAGCUGCCCAUGGUCUUCAUACUCACCUUCAUAUACGCGUUGGUGUGCUCUUCAUACCAAAUACGAUUUUUGGGCUGGAACAUGAUCUCGUUGUUCUACUGCUUAGGCACGUUGUCGCAGGUCGCGCCGGUGUGGGCCAGUGCUGUGAUGUCCAUAGGGCAAAGCCGUGCUUGCGAGCGGCUGGCGAAAUCCGACUCCAUUUGCUGCAUUGCGCCAUCUAGAAUCGCAAUAUUCGGCAAAUUAAGGGUCAUGUGUUUCGACAAAACGGGAACAUUGACGAACAACUCCCUCGUGUUCGAUGGGCUCAUGAUGAUUUCUCGAAACAAAAGACAGACCGUAUCCCUAUCUCCGGCAGACGUUAAGGGCAGCAUAAACGGCAUCAAGAACACAGUGCAGUUAGCCACAAGGAAAGACGAGGAUACUAAGCGCCAAAUUCUAACUCUGGCAAUGGCUACGUGCCACUCGCUAUUUCCCCACGACGGCGACAGUGAACACCUAGGCAACCAGGUGGACAAGUCCAUGUUCCACGCAACUGGAUGCUUGGUGGAGCAGUUUAUCGACUCGGAUGGUAACACAAGGCGUUAUAUAAGGUGCCCAAGCAACCGGGACCUCGUGCUAGAAGUCUUGCGAACGUUCGACUUCCACUACCAGAAGAAGUUGUCAUCCAUUGUCGUUUCUGUUAAAUCCAAGGACUCCGACAAAGGCAGCAUCUUCGUGUUUGUAAAAGGCGCUUACGAAAAUGUGGUGGCGUGCUCUACGGGUAGCUUUGUAGAGCUCGACCGGCUAGCCAAGGCGCAGUCGGAAUCGGGCAGUUACGUCCUUGGCAUAGGAUACAAAAUCAUUUCUGAGGAUGAAAUUAUCGCAAAACGUGAAUCGAUCGAAUCGAAACUCACCAUGGGGGGACUACUUGUAUUUAACAACUCAGUGCGCGAGGAGAGCGCAUCGGUAGUGGCCAAACUUCAGGAAGCCAAAGUGCGCCCUGUCAUAUUGACUGGAGAUAACGUGCCGGCAUCUCAAUUCGUGGCAAAGUCAUUGGGCAUGUUUGGCGAUGGUGGCUCUCCUGGGCCGAACGCCGAACUAAUAGAUGACAACUUAGUGUGGCACUUCCCGCAUAACGCAAUCGAUGAGGAAACGCUGUACUUUGGAACUGACUGCGACAACCUCUCCAUCACCGGUGACGCGUUUGAUCGCAUAGAUGAAGAUUGGGAAAGCAUCCUUAAAGUCUACGACCGGUGGACUACGAACAAGACCGCCAAUGAGAACCUGUUCGAGCAGUUCCUUUUGAGGGUACGCAUUUUCGCACGCCUGAACCCUCACCAAAAAGUCCGCGUCAUCAAUGCAUUCAAAAGGCUCGGCAUUAUAACCGGGAUGUGCGGCGACGGUACAAACGACUGCCUUGCACUUCAAGCAUCACAUGCUGGAGUGUCGCUUACAAAUGGAACUGCAUCUAUGGUUGCGCCAUUCACGUCGAAGAACAACACACUGCAGUCGGUGAUAACUCUUAUAAGGGAAGGCAGGGGCUCCCUGGUGACGUCGUUGGCAUGCUUCAAAUUCAUGCUUCUGUUCGGGCUCAUGAUCGCAUUGGUGAAAGUAUUUUUGUUCAAGACGUGCCGCGGCGUGAUGCCGGAGUGGGGAUACUUACUAUUGGAGAAUGCGAUCCUCCUCAGCCUCAGCCACACCAUGGCGCUAUCCAGACCCAACGACAAGCUCAGAAUCAGAUCGCCAACGUCUAGUCUGCUGGGACCACUGUCCCUGAGCUCCAUUGGCCUUAUGUUCGGAACCAACAUCAUAUUCCUUAUACUGCUUUUCAAGCUUUACGCGUAUACAGGCAGCUUGGAGUAUAAUAGCAAAAUGAAUGUGGCAAGCUGGUGGAUGCUGUCGGACAAUUUCGAGGCGCCGACGGUCUGCCUGUGGCUCUGCUACCAGGUGGCCAACGCCGCUCUCGUGUUUAGUUUCGGUGGUAUAUUCAGGGAGUCCGUAUUCAGGAACACCUACUUUACGCUGACAUGGCUGGGCAUCAAUGGGAUCCUUACGCUAUUGCUGUUCUCGGGGCCCUCCAGGUUGACAUGCUUGUUCCGCAUCAAUUGCACAGAUGAAGUGUCACGCCAAACCGUCUUCCCGGUGCUGCGAGUCCUAACUACGAGCGCCAACGGGCACCCCUUCAGCGGACAGGGCGGUCACAACGUCCUCUCUACUAAAUUCAGGGUGUUAUUCCUCGCUCUCAACGUCGCUAAUGCAGUCGUCAACGGCCUUAUAUCGAAAUUCCUGCUGGGCAGCGAAUCCCUCAAGGCGAUGAGCUCUCUUAUAGGGCACAAAUACAGCGCGGAUCGCAUCAACGUGUAG